GCUUUUGUGCGUUCCAAUGUACCUGUGUUGUAGUGAUUAGACCGUCCUACCGCCGGCCAGGUAUUACCUGUAUUUUACCUGUGACUGUGUAUACCUUGUAGGUAGUUUAUGUUGCAUCUACUGUAAGCAUACGAUUAGCGUGAUGGCAGAAAGAACAGACGUAUAUAUGUACUUGUGAGAGUUUGUGGGCCCUGAGAGUUGCUGCCUCAAGCUAUGGAAUUUUAAACAGAAAAAAGUGGAUAUUUAUAAGUGGAUAUAAUUAUGAUUCAUAAAACUACAAUUGGAUACAUGCUUAUUGAUCUCGACCCCUCGUCAUUGAUGUUGAAAUACCAGUCCAAUGGUACUUCGUCGGGAUAAUCUGGGUACGGAAAUGGGGUCCACAUCUCGUGGCUCCUUUGGGGACGGCGAUCACACGAAUAUGUCUCCGGACAAAAUAAUUGAGUUUACUAGAAGUCCGAGGAAACCUCCGGAGUAUAAACCCCGGAGUCACUCUCCUACCCGUCUUCCCGGAGGUCUGAGGGUGCCGGUUUUAAAGAAACCUGCCCCGAGGUUAGGUUCAAGACUUGAGGAGUCGCUAGCUGGUCUAGCGGAACUUAAAAUGUUGAAAGAGAAGCAACUUCAAAAAAUCCAAGAUGCCAAACUGACCACAAGUGACCAUGGACAGCCACUGGACAUUAUGCAUCUUAAGGAGCUUGGCCUACAAUGGAAUUCACUCGGUAGCCUUACUAGUAUAACAGAGGAAGAAUAUACGGAUAAGCGAAACUUUGUUGAACCAGGAACCAAAAAUGAAGACAAAUGUUUAAAUGGAACUGAAGACGCUGUCUCUCCAAGUCGCAGCAAUUACGCGAGUAAUAACAGCCUUGAUUCACUUGAUAGUGACGUAAGCGCUGAUGAGCAAAGGGCAGAUAACUCAUUUAUUGGUGAUGGACGAAAGUUCUCUCCAUUCCGAGGACACCUAUCCGUUAACUUACAAAUGACGUUUCCAGAUCCCCGAUAUCUCGGACAAAGACGGGCGAGUACACAAUGCAUUCCACCACCCCCUCCAACAGGGAAUACCUUGUCUGAUAACAAAGAUCAGUAUCGUCAAAGAAGAGCCAGCUUUCAGAGCGAGGCCGUUUUGACGAAGUCUGCAAACCAGGAAACCAAUUCUAAAAUCAUAUCAGAAAUGAAGUUGAAUUACAAUUUCCCGGGCCCCCUUCACGCCGUCGUGAGACAAUAUGGCAGCUCGUCAAAUCUUUCGACGAACAAAACAUCGCCUAGUCCGUCGUCAACGCCUUUAAACGUAGAAAAAACAGUAGCAAAAAAUCCUUUAGAUGUUUUACGUGCCUGGCAGUUAGAAAAAACUAAAGGUGCAGCAAAUCCCAAAACAGCUUCUUCUUCCCAGCCACAAAUGUCAACACCAACCAAUUCGCAUGGUGAGAGGAACGGACUGUGUCACGAAAAUGGAACUGAUAAGACGAGUAUAAAACCAGACAUUAGCGAUGAAGCUCAAGAGGGAAACAAAAACGAAGAGAAAGCCGAGUCAUUGUCAAUAUCGCAGAGUGGUAUUCAAAUAAACAAGGGAAGUAAUUCCCGGGAGGACAAACAGUUAAAAAUGUCUGCAAGGGACUUUAAUACGAGUGGAACUGAAAAGGCAAAUACACGUGCUACCAAACAGUCUAGUGUGCAUGUUACUAAAGAAAUUUCGGAUUCUGCAGCAACAUUUGACCACAUACGCGAGCAAAGUUUUACUUCGGAUUAUUACGGUUCUAUCGAAACGAUUCAUUCCGUCCAGUCGCUUCCUGUCUCUCGGGUAUCAUCGUCGCGAUAUCAAAAAAGCAUUAGUUCCGAUGGGUCGCCUUUCAGUGAUCAGAACGUGCCCAACAACAGACGCCAUAGUUUACCGUGUAACAGUACUACACAACUAUUGUCUACUCCUUCGAGAGCAAGAAACCAUCUGUCUCAUUCACGGUCGCGCGCUAAAGCUGAUGUUUUCGCGAGGAAACCAGACAGUUCUUGUCCCAUCACCGCACCAGAUGCGUCUUUGAAAGCCAGUCUCCGACUUUCCUCCGGAAAUCUAUCUUGUGGUGACGAUGAAGUCUUUGAUAACACAAAAACUACGACGUCUUUCAAUGUUCAACGCCAGCAGACGACACAUUCUGGUGCAAAUGUGCCUGGAGAAGAAACAACCAUUGUGCGUAAGGAAUCUGUGUUCCCAGAACACAAGACAACCUAUCACAAGACUCUCGACCAUGAACUUGUUCGGAACCUCUCUGCAUCGCCGGUUCGAUGCUAUAACCAAGAAGUUCCGAAGGGCCAUCAUUUACAAAAAACGCGCGCGCGCACUACGAAAUCACUUCCGGAUGAAGGAUAUGUUGAUUCUGUGUCGUCGAGAGAGAGUUCGUAUGAGGAUUUAAUCAGAGGAGGUAGGACAGAAAUUAAAAGUUUGACUGGUGUAAAUGAAGAAACUAAUUCUGACAGUGUGCGAAAAGCAGAAACAAAACCCGCGGACGACAGUCAUAACCAAAGCAUUGUGAAGACUUUACUCGAAACAUCGUUAUGAACAGCAAUUUUCGUAAAUAUUCAGAAAAAAGAAAAGGGGGAGAAUAGUAGUUUGAGAGAAUUAAGUAUUAAGGACAGGUUUGAUGUUUUUACAUUAACGUUUUAUCUAUCAAAAGUCGACUGAAAUAUGUCCGUAGAUAUUCAUCAAUGGUUCAUUUCGGAUGCGUCAUCAAUUCAGCUACAUUUAAGAGAAUUCUGCAGUUUGUUGUUGUUGCUUUUCUUGUUGUUAUGUUAUUGUUUACACGAUUGUUAUGUAAAGCAAACACCCAACCUGCUUAGUGUGGAAAACCCUAUAUACUGUAAUAUAAUUAUAACGGCUGAAAAAGCGAUUUACUAUUAAGAAGUUUUUAAAAGCAUCUGCUCGUCUGUUUUCCGAUAUGCUUUCGUAGAAUUCAUGUUUCAAAUUAAAAUGUCAGCUUCAACACUAUCUUUGAUUUAAACAGCAAUUCCUACUAUCAAAACAUCACAUUUUUGUAAAGGUUUUAAUAUUGUCGACAACUUUUGUUAUAUGACGCCAGCUUAUAGCCAGCCAUUCGAUUUAAAACAGAAAUCAUUAUUUUAGAGAAUGAUUGCUAAUUUAUGCAUUACCUUUCUCACAGCAAAGUGGGCCGCAAUUUUCACUCUUUCUGGUUGAGUCCGUCUAUGUGUUUCCGGAACUGCUUAAGUUAAGUAGUGAAACAACUUUAGAAUAAAAACUUUUGUUGCUA